CCUCACCUCAUCCCGUCCCUCAUACGGCGAAGAAUCCGAGAACUCCCCCUCCUCCGCCUUCGCCUCUCCCGCCCCCUCAAUCCCCAGCCGAAACGCCCUCGACGUCUUCCCGGCCUCCACAAACGACGCGCCGUUCAGCUCAUCGGGGCCUUCGCCUUCGAGAACUGCUUCUGCGGCGCCGACUGCUGCGCCUUCUGCGGUGGCGAGCUUGCGCUGCUGGCGCGCUGCGAAGGCGCUUAUACCUGCGUUGUGUUAGAUAUCCGCACCACACACGGGUCCAAAGGGACUUACUCUUCGUUUCGACAUCGGCAUUCAAUUUCCUCCUCUUAUUCGACGACAUCUCUCGUCGUCCCCAAAAAAAAUCCUGUCCCGAUCGAGUGUCGUCGCUGAAAGGUUGUUCGAAGACGGCCCAAUCGCCGAUUCUCUUAUCGCUUUUCCAGAAUCGCCCAGCGCAAGGCUUAUCGCAAAAAUUACCGACCUCCGCCAAAAAAAAAGCUCUCGACCACCACACCAGCCUCAACCUCAAUCGGUCCCAAUCGCUCCGCCCACCACCCCCCACACUCACAAGAUGGCGUCCUCGAACCCCUCCAAGAAGGAGUCUAAGAAGGCCGUGGCGGCUAAACCUGCGAAGGCGUCGAAAACUGCUGCGAAGAAGAAGGAGGCUGAGAGGAGCAUGGAGCGCAUCGCUGAUAGCGAUAUUGACAUGGACGAUGCCUCGAGCGAGGAGGGGAGCGAUUCGAAUGACGAGGCUGGGUCAGUAUCUGGGCCGGACGAGGAGACGAGCAGCAGCGGCAGCGAAAGCGAGGGUGGGAGUGGAAGCGGAAGUGAGAGUGAGAGCGAGGAGGAAUUACCUGUGAAAGUGACGGCACCUAGAACCACCCUCCCAAAACGCAGCAAAAACCCCUCCCCAGCCCCAACACCCGCCGCCCAACACACCUCGCGCCCCGCGCCCUUCGCCCCUCCCAAAGGCUACACACCCCUCCCCGCCUCCUCCACCACCAACAAACUCCUCACCCCCGCCGCGCUAGCCAACAGGCAAAUCUGGCACAUCACCGCGCCCGCCUCCCUCUCUCUUGCCAGCCUCAAGAACCUCAGUCUACCCGCCCGCACCGGCGCGGACGAGGACGCACCGACGAUAUCAUUGCCGGGUGGUGAAUAUAGCGUUGUGCUUGCGGCGGCGACGGCGGAUACGACGCGUGUUCUUUUGCCGGGGAAGGGGGGGUAUAAGGCGUUGGCUGCGCCGGUGGAGAGGACGCUGCAUUUGCAGAGGGUGAAUGUGGUGGGGGGGGAGACGUAUGUGGGGAGGAAGAGGGAGGCGAGGAAGCAGCCGGGGGGGUUGAGGAUGAGGUUUCGGCCGAUUGGGUUUGGGGAGGGGGGGAGUGUGGGGAGAUUGGGGGGGAGGAGGAGGAGGAGGAGGUGGGGGAGAGGCCGCAGUUUAAGAAGCAUAAGAAGAGUGGGGAGGUAGAGGAGGGGGAGAAGGAGAAGGAGAGGAAGGAGAAGGAGAAGAAGGACAAGGGGAAGAAGGGGAAGGAGAAGAAGGCGAGGAAGUAAGGGGCGGAUACUCUAUGGGAUGCUUUUACGGUUGAUAUAUAACUACCAAAACCCGGCGCAAAGGGCGUAUAUAAAUCGGGGGUUAAAUGAAAG